CAGACAUUCAAUCAGCCAAGAUGCUCGGCAGCAAGACGAUCGAGAGUGCACUCUCCCUGCUCAAACAAAAUCCAUCCAAAACUCUAGAGCUGACUCUGGGCGUCCACCGCAACAUCCAACCAGGCCAAUACAUCCCACGAGCAGACGCCCGCUCCGCCCCCGAUCUCACCUUCACCGUCCCCGACCCCAACCGCACGUACAUGGUCGUCAACCUAGACCUGGACGCCCCGUUCCCGGCAUUCAGCUUCCUAGGCCCGAUCCUGCACUGGUUGCAACCCGGUCUUCGUCCUGUCCCUACGACAAUGACGACGUCGCCCACGGACGGGGCAGCCUACGACUUCGAGGUCACCGCCCCCUUCGUGGCGAACUACAUCGGGCCCGGCCCCCCGCCCGGUAGCGCACCGCAUCGCUAUGUCUUCUUCCUGUACGAGCAGCCGGCCGGUUUCGACGUCGAGAAGUACGCGUCUCCGGAGGGGCAGAAGGUGGGACGCUGGCCGCGGGUGCGGUACGAUUGGGAUAAAUGGGUGCAGGAGGUGCAGUUGGGCGACGUGGUGGCGGUGAAUUAUUUUACCAGUAAUUGAUGCGGGGGCUGAGAUGUCGGGAGUGAAAAAGGAUGGUGGAAGUUUCUGGCAGGCCCCAAUGUGGCCAUCCGUGCCGGUUCCGGGGAGUGACUAACUACCUGGUUGGUGGUGGUUGCGGGGCCGGUUCCGGGCGAGCAAGCCGGCUCCGGGCCCCGGGUAUGCUGAUAAGAUAAGCCCUUUGUGACGGGACCGCGUCAUGACUCGCGCUCAAAUAAUCAUUAUCCGUCUUUCGGGCCCGGGGGUCAAGGUAACGAACG